ACUUUAGGAAGAAAAGAUUGCCGAUGUGAUGUGUUUUUAAUUUUACUUUUACUUUACCAACUUUGUUAGCCUGAAGCGUACUUGCACAAAAUUUCUAGUCAAACGGUGGUUGUACAUGAGCAUAAGAUACUACACUAUACGGUUCUUUGUCGAAAGACUUACGUAACCGGGUAGAUUAGUUUAACUUUAAUUAGCUGGUAUGCCUCCUUUUUACUCGAAAUAUAAUCAACUAUCUAUUGAGUGAAGUUAUUAGUAAAAAUUGGUGGAAGUAUUUUUCCCUUUUUUUUUUGAGGUAACGCUAGCAAUUAGCACCGCGAUCAUCUGCUGGAUCGUGUUUCUGCGUGUGUAUGAACGCGUAUAAUUAUGAACAAAUAAUGCAGUUACCUUAUUCGAUGCUACUGUUCACUAAGGACGGUUCACGGAAGGUAACCGGGCCGAAAGCGUCGAAAUGGUCUAGAUGACUUUUGGGUGAGCAUAUAAUGUCGUGUGUUGAUAGAGCUGCUAGUGACAUUAUUGGGUAGAGAAUAAGACCCAUAUCUCCACAAAGUAAGAGGAAAAACGACGGUAGUGAUCAAUACGCUGCUAACAUUUUCCGCUUAGCAGAAAAGAAUUUCGUGUGAGUACCUGCAAGCACAGCUUCUCGAGUCAGUCGAAUUGAGUAGCUAGCCCAGUAAUGUUCAUUGUACAAUCGAAAUUCUCUUUUUGUGCUUCAUGCGUUCAAUCAGUGUAUAUUUUAUAUGCAUGCAUAUAUUUUACGAUGGCCCAGCAUCGCUGCGAGUUGUUCGACCUCUAGAACGGAUAAAAAGCGCGUUAAUCUCACGUUAACUUAUCUUCGAGAAGCAGUGAAGCCGUUCGAAACAACAGAAAUUGUGGAUUAAACAUAAAAAUCGAUUGAUUGAAAAUGUAUCAACCGAAUCCUUCGAACUUUUGAUCAGGCAUAACCGUGCGAGAUGGUUCUUUCCCCAAAUAAAAGAUAGGUCGGACCGAAGAUGCUCGUUGAGACAGGUUUUAGCGAACUAAGUCUUCUUAAGGCAUAUAGACGCACUCAUUUGAAAUUAAACUUGCUUUACUUAAUGUGUUGAGUGAGUUCCGUGUCUUCCUAAGUGAAAUACCCCGCGAGGAAGAUCGUUUUGCUAUAGGAUUGAAGUUAUAAAAUUUAUCUCCUCGACUUCUUGACAAAUUGAGCAACGAUGGAGUUCCGUCAUCGCCGAGGCGAAAAUGAUGAAAAAGCCUCUUCACUGACCAAAUUUAGCAAUGGCAAUUCUACUGAGCCCGACGACCAGAAUACGCAGCACCAGCAUAAGGAAGAAAGAGACUCAGACGCAAUAACGUCGACAACAGAGAAAUACCUUCUGACCGACAGCUCACAGCUUUCCUCGGACGCAAAAUUGUCGACACUUACAAAAUCGUCCACUUUGUCGUCAUUUAAAAAAUCAUCCAAGAGGCGUAGCAAUCUAUCAAAAGCCGGCUACGGAAUCCUAUGCAACGCGAUUGCCGGUUUACUAAUCCUUUACGUAGCUAUACCGAUCUGGUUCUACUCUUGCCCUUGGUUACGGCAACACAUUGUUUUUUUGACGGUACUGACCAUUCCGCCAUUCCUUAACCUAUCGAAUCCUGAUAGCUUUGAACUUUACUGCCCGCGAAACUUCUACGUGGAAUCGGAGCCUGGUCUGAAGCUGGGGGCAUGGUACAUCCCCUCGAUUAAUGAGCCGUGUGACAAGAACGCGCCAUUGACAUUUGCGGGCCACGAUCCAGUCGUUCUGUAUCUUCAUGGAAACGCUGGUUCUCGAGGUGGCACUCAUCGUGUUGGUUUGUAUAAAUUAUUAACCAGUCAGGCAAAGGUUCAUGUUGUCGCCAUCGAUUAUCGAGGAUAUGGAGACAGUUCUACGAUAAAGAUGCCCACCGUUGCCGGGCUUGUUCAUGACGCAAUGGCGGCGUAUCGCAAAAUUCGGGAGACGGUGCCAAACAAGCGCAUUAUUGUGUGGGGCCAUUCUCUUGGCACCGGAGUUUCCACCUAUUUGAUGGCGAACCUCACCGAACUCAAAGAUCUACCAGCUGGUCUCGUACUUGAAUCACCGUUUGACAUGCUGGCCAACGCCGUGAAGCACAAUCCGAUGGCGCGACUGCAUCGGUUUAUGCCGUUCUUCGAGAAGGUGUUCGUCGAUUCUUUGAAUAAUCAUCCCGCAACGAAUUUCAAUUCCCUCGAAAAAUCCAAACUGAUCAGCCCAAAACUGCCUAUCGUCAUCCUCGAAGCAAAGGACGACCUCGUUAUACCUUUCGAGCUAUCCGAAACAUUGUACCAAAGUUUUCUUGAGGUGCGCCAGGGUAGACCAGAUAAGGGACCGAUCGAUUUUGUGACCUUCGCAAGGGAAUAUGGAUAUGGGCAUAAAUAUAUCUAUACGCAUCCCGGUCUGGCUCAGAAAAUGCGCAUAUUCUUUGACGAAGCUACAUCAUCCACCAUUGACCUCAAUAGUUAAAGGCGCCAAGCAUAUUCAAGAAACUCGAAUACUAUGCUCCCAAUCAUUGCUCGUUACCUAGAUUGGGGCUAGCGUAGGAGUAAUGCUCGCCUGUUAGACCCGGAGCGCCUCCGCGCCCUAAGAUCUAUAGAUUGCAGCCCAGUUUUCCCAUCAUGACAAAAAUCGACGAGCACGUUCGAAUAACGUUUGCAAAAAGGGGACUAACAUAGACGUAUAAAUACGUUCGACCAUAUCAGAAGAAUUUAUUUAUUAGUCGUUUUCGGCUCGCCACCUCAGACUUGUUUUUGGUCUGUUCUACGAACGCAGCGUUUAUUGUCGAUUAGUAAUCGAAUCACUUAAAACAGGAACAAUGAACCAACACACAAUUCCAUUUCAUAUCGUAACCAUAACGUUACUUUGAAAGCUAUAGUCUUCAUCUUUAACAGUGAAAAAGUUCUAUGAAAGUGACUUUGGCAGGUCGUCAAUGCUAACAUGUAAGCGCGCUGAGACGACUCUGCGGUGCUCCAUUGCGUGACAUAACAAACAAAUAUUUUUAACAUAAUGUCUAUGUACUCUCACGGUAUUAUGCCAAUCCAAACCUGAUUUGUACUUUAGUGCCGAAUGCGCAGGGGUCGUCAAUGCACCAGGAUAUAGUAAAACAAAGAAAUUAUUUUUCAGUAUACACACACAUGCACACAGCCUUUGCUUGAAUUUUUCUAUAUAUUGCAGUAAUGAUUAUCCUAUAUUGUAUCCUGUUAGGGAUAGAAAGAUAAGGAUAAAGAGAACAGAGAAUCAUUAACAUUAGGAAAAAUGCUUGUCAUGUUCAUGUUUGGCAGAGUAACUAUGGCGGGGUUCAAAAUUGAUAUUCGUAGAGCGCAAAGCUAACAUAUUAUAAGAAUGAGUACAUACAAAAGCCCGUCCACAAAGGAGUUGUAGCAGCUUUGCCUACCAGUUCGACAAGUCGGGUUCGAACCCUUUGGUAGCUGUGAAAUUUUUGUUUCGGGGUCGAUCGCUUAUAGAGCCCAGGUUUUAUUCGAAUAGACCCCAAAGCAGAUGUCUAGGGAGCCAGAGUUUGCCAGAUCAUAGAUGUCUGGGAAAUCUCAGUAUGUAAAAGACAGUAGCUUCAAGCCCGAUGUAACCUUUUUUACGUAGCCGUUUGGAACGUGCUGAGCGGCGUAAACGAAUGGGGUCACCUAAGGGCCGGCUGAGACUCUCCUCUUCAUUUUAAAUUCCCAGUCUAUAAGUAAUUUAUUCAGCAAGCAGCGAAUUUGUUUAAGACUCUCGGUUCUGCUACCCUUGUAGCCUAUACUAGAUUUUAAAUACAGGAUAGCUACAGUAUUUUAUUAAUAAACAACUGGAUUAAGUGAACGAUGUCGUUCGAGAAGUCAACUAUUCAAAGUGGUCGUUCACGGCAUCGUGUGUACGAUGUACAGUUUCGACGAGCACCAAAUACAAAGUUCGAGUUGAACAAUCCAAUUUUCUACGUGCAUUCCAUUUUUACACUCUUUAUAAACUUUUUGUCCUAUCUCUCAAAAAUGAGACUGGAAGGUGUUCUGCUAAAAAAAACUGUGACGCUUAAUAGAUCUGUACAAGAAAAAAAAAAGGGAUAUUUCUA